AUGAUGCGUUUAAAUAAAACUCUUAAUAAUGUAAAUACACCCAUUCUAACAUGGGGGAAUCCAUUUGAAGCGAAUGGGAAAGAAGUCAUUAUUUGUGUAACUGGAAAUCCAGGUAUAUCAGAUUUUUACAUUGAAUUUGCUGAAGAGCUGCAUAAAACUUUAAAUUUACCUGUCAUUGUUGUAGGUCAAGCCGGUCACGAGUUUUCCGUUGAUAAUGAAGCUAUUUCAGAGAAAAACAAAGACUUAUACAAUUUACAAGGACAAUUGAAGCACAAGUUAGACUUGAUAGAGAACUACGUUGAUAAAAAAACAUACGAUGAGAUGGACAAUGUAAGAUCACUUAACAAUGAAGCCAUACAAAAGAUUACAAAAAAAUGUAAUGUUAUUUAUUCCUGUAAUGAUGGUUGGGCACCUCUUGAUUAUAUGGCGGAUAUAAAAAAACAACAUCCACAUCUCAGAAUGGUUGAAGCUGCCAAUGUUGCACAUAGUUUUGUAUUAAAAUCAUCACAACUAGUAGCUGAGAUGGUAUCAAAUUACAUAAAGGAGCAAAAAUAA